AAACGAAACCCUAAAUCGGUGAAGUUUAGAAUGUAACGAUCGGUUAAUCGGAUCAAAAUGCCCAUAGCGUUCUAGUCCCCUUCCGCAUUCUGCUUCUGCGUUUCAACGACUGCGGUCACCUGGAGUUUGGAUUGCAAUAUCAGAGGCGAUUGCUUGGUUCCUGGAGUUCCAGAAAUCAUCAGUAGUUGCAUCCAGUAGAAAAGCUAUGGACAGCGACGACAGCAGCAGCAGCUACGAGAUAGGGCGCGCUGGAAAAAGGGCGCGCUGUGAAGAAGAAGAAGAAGAAGAAGAAGAAGAAGAAGGAGAUGACGAUGGAGAAUUGGCGACUGACAGGUUAAGCCAUCUUCCGAAACCCCUCAUUUAUCAAAUCCUUUCGCUUCUUGACACGAAAUCGGCAGUCCAGACCUGCGUACUGUCCCGAAUGUGGAGAUGCGCGUGGAAAUAUGUCCCUUUUCUCAGUUUUCGUAGGGAUUCGUUUGAGCAAUAUUCGAGCUUCCAGAUGUAUGUGGAGGAGGUUUUGUCCCUCCGAUUCCCCGAGAGUGUCUGCACGGUAUCCUACAUUGACAACGAGAGGUUGGCGGAACGGAGAGAAAGUCUGUUUGUGAAGGUCGUAAGAUAUGCAUUAUCCCAUGGUGCUCAGCAUUUAGAUAUGGACCUGAACAAUAAAAGUGGAGUCUUUAAAAGUUGCUGUUUCUCUAAUUUGUUUGGCACGGUCUCGAAUUGCGACCUUAGGACUCUUAAGCUUCAACGUGUGAAGAUCGAAAUAGGAUUUGAUGUUUCUGGCUUCCGGAUGCUGACAGAUUUGAAUUUGGAGCAGUGCCCGCUGGUCUCCGAGGUUGAAGGGGAAGUUGAUCCUUUUUCCGGCUUUCCCUGUCUUAAAAAUUUAGUCCUGACUGAGUGCAUCCACUCUGAUUUUGUUUUUCGCGAAGAUAAAAGGAGUUUCAAGAUAUCUGGGCCUCAAUUGCUCACCCUCGAACUGGAUUGUUUGAUGGCUAUGAGAAUGGAAAUAUGCGCACCAAAGCUCGAAUCCUUCAAAGUAGGGCAUGACUUGCAGUUCUUGAAUUUCGCAAACUUGAGCAUUCCUUCCCUCGUUCAUGCUCAUCUUCGGCUUUGUGAUGGGGAGCCUUCGAGGGAGGAUAACAAGAAACAAAUACUGCAACGUCUGAUCUCCAUGUUCCAAGGAUUUAACAAUGCAACAUCUCUCAAGCUGGAUUACCAAACCGUCCAGGUACUGAGCAAUAUUGAUUUUGAGUUUCUGGAGCGGCAACCAUCGCCCUUUACGAAAUUGAAGUCCUUGAUUGUGGAAGCCCUCUCUAUACCUCAUGCUCUGCUCGAUUACCUUCUUAAAGGGUCUUCUAGUAUGAAACCAAAUGUUGAGUAUGGAUACGGUCAGUGUAGAGCCAUGAAUAACAACAGCAGCGAUUUGGGCGAAGGUAUUAAGAGGAAUCGUGAGGAAGAAGAUGAUAUUACUUCUACUGACAGGUUAAGCCAUCUUCAGCGCUUCGUUAUUAACAGCAUCCUUUCAUUUCUCGACCCGAGAUCGGCCGUCCAAACCUCUGUGUUGUCUCGGGCGUGGAGAUGCGCCUGGAAAUAUGUCCCGGUCCUCAAUUUUCGCCGCGAUUCCUUUGACAAGUAUUCGAGUUUUCUGCACUAUGCGGACAGGGUUUUGUCUCUCCGAUUUCGCUUGGAUGUCGACACGGUAUCCUACAUUGACGACGAUAGGACCAUUCUACCGUUUUCGAAUGUCGUCAAAUAUGAUUUGUCCCACGAGGCUCAGCAUUUAGUCAUUGACCUGCUCAAUGGAGAGAGUAUGUUCUACUCGUUCAGGUUCUGCUAUUUGUUUGGUACAGACUUGAAUUGCAACCUCAAGACUCUAAAACUGCGACGCGUCUCGCUGGAUACUAAAUGCGAUUUUUCUGGCUUUAGGAUGCUCACUGAUCUGACUUUGGAGCAGUCCUUUCUGAUCUCUGUUGAAGACGAGGACGUCGAUCCUUUUUCUGGCUUUCCCUGUUUGAAGAAUUUGGUCUUGACUCAGUGCCUCCACUCUGAUUUUGGUAAUCUCUCGAGUAAGAGGAGUUUCAAGAUAUCUGGAUCCCAAUUGGUGAACCUGAAAUUGGAUCGUCUGUUGCCUACCAGGAUCGAAAUAUGUGCACCAGAACUCAAAUUCUUCACACUUGUGCAUGACUUGGAAUUCCUGAAUUUCUCCAACUUAAGCAUUCCUUCCCUCGUUCAUGCUGAUAUCCGGGUAUCUGACGAGGAGAAAUCGAUGGCUAUUAAGAAGGAACUCAAGAUGCAGCGUUUGAUCUCCUUUUUCCAAGGUCUGAAUAGCUUAACAUCUCUCAAGCUGGAUAACUACUCCAUCCAGGUACUGAGCAAUAUUGAUACUGAGUUUCUGGAGCAGCAAACCUCGCCAUUUACGAAAUUGGAGUCCUUGAUGGUGGGAGCGGUCACUGUACGUAGCGCGCUGCUCCAUUACUUUCUUAAAGGGUCUUCUAGUAUGACACCAAAAGUUGAGUAUGGAUAUGUAUAAUGUUUUGGUUAUCCAUUUUGACAUAGCUUCUGGUCAGUGUUGUGCAGUAUUUUGGCGUGUUUUCUUUCUUCUUUCAAUGUCGAUCAGGAAUAGCUCUGGAUUCUAUCUAGGUAAAUUGAUUAGACCUACUGGCUUAUCUUGACUGCAAUAUGUGUUGCACUAUACUUCCUUAAGAACCUAGUCAUGUUUUGGCUUAGCAGAUGUUCCCAAUGUUAGAUAUCUUGAGUUUCAAUCAUGUUACAGCUCAGUUGAGGUUCCUGAUUUCAGUCUUGGUAAGGGAAGUAUGAUGCGAUCUUUUGACCC